AUGCCUCCCAGACGCGUAACAGUUCAUCACGAAAAUGAGGCCAGCAAUGAAACCCAAAGUAGUGUGGGACCCGAGGGACCACCACCACCACCGCAGCUAGAACGAAACAUCAAAAAUGAAUUUCGAAAAGAGUGCCCUCCCGUGUUUGAUGGAACGGGAGAUCCGGCCAAGGCGGAAACAUGGAUUCGUGCCAUAGAGCGCAUAUUCAAAUUCCUAAGGUGCACUAAUCAGGAGCGCCUAUCGUGCGUGACCUACCAGCUCACUGGGUCCGCAGAAUUUUGGUGGGAGACCAAGCAGCGAACGAUGACGCGUGAACAACUAGGCGCCCUAACUUGGGAAAACUUCAAGGAGGAAUUAUAUGAUAAGUACAUCCUGAGGAGUUACCGUAAGGAUAAGAAAGCCGAAUUCUACAAUCUGAAGCAAGGGCGGAUGACAGUAACUGAAUAUGACCGUGCCCUAUGUGAUAUGUCUCGAUAUGCACCAGAGCAAGUGAACACUGAUGAGAAGAUGGCGGAGAAAUUUUGUGCUGGUCUGAGGCACGAAAUAAGAAUGGCCUUGGCAUGCCGUGGAAGGCUCUCGUAUGCCGAGUCACUGUCUCGUGCGUUGGAUGUGGAGGAAGCAAUGCCACGAGAAAAGACAACAACGCCUACUACCCCAACACCACCUAAACCAUAA